AUGGGGUCGGAACAUUCAACGCAACUCCAGCAGGGGACCACAAACGGACCGGAUGGUGCAUUGCGUACCGGUAGUCUACACAGACACUCGACCAGCAAUCCGGCCACAUCGUCCUCCACCGCAUCCGGGCGCACUGGUGCUGCUGGCAGUUCGGGAACGGGCGGUAGUAAGUUGCAACGGGGCAAUACAAUCGCGGUCACCGGUACCACCCCGAGCGGUGGUGCGGGUGGAAUCUUGGACGAUGGGUACUCCACGUCGUCCGUUACCCCAUCAUCGGCGUACAUCUGUGAUUCACGCCCCGUCUCACCACCGAUGAGCGUUUGUUCCGAUUCCGAUCUACCGUACAUAUCAUACACCGAUAAACCGAUCGGCGAUUCACCAAAGCUACGCAACAAGCAGCAAUCAAAGCAGGCAAAAACACGCCCGAACAGUGCAAUUAUUAUGAACAGGGCGUCGCAGCAGCACCACUACCAGCAACAUCUCACACAGAAUCUGGAAGCACGGGGUGGUAUUAGAGGUGGUAGACCCGCAACAGCCACAACGGGUGGUGGUGCGCACAGUAUCGUGGUAGUGAAAUCGGCCGCCGUUCGUGACGUCGGCAUCGAGAAGGACGACGACAUUAUCCGUCUGCAGAGUGUACCAAUGUUCUUGCCCGUGAUGCGUGGGACGCUAACACUGCCGGCUAAUCGCGAUCCGGAAGUGCUCGAACGUCUGCAGCCCACUCAUCUGAUCAACAUGUGUAGCCGGUUGCAGUCACACUUCAACACAUGUGCCAUCCACGUAUCCUCCGAGCAGCAGCAGAUAACGAACCGCAUCAAGGAGGUGGAUCAGGAGGUAUCGAGCGCACUGGCACAAUUGGUACAGAAGCAAAAGCUCUACACGUCCUACGCGGAAACCUUUUCGAAGGUGCGCCAAAUUUCACAACAGCUAACGCGCUGCAACGAUAUACUGAACCAAAACAUCGAGAGCAUGGAGUAUCUGAACAAUCUACUAAGCGUCGAGGAUCGGCUCGAGCCGUUCGUGUGGAAAACCGAGUGA